GUUUGGCUGCAAUUUGAAUCAGAAAUGUCGGAUUCUGCUAUUCUUAAAAAUAAAAUGAUUCAUUAGACAGCUUGCGCUUGAGAAUGAAGUUUAUUCAAGAUAGCACCGAAACCUGACAGACAGCCAAACUCUCCUCCAAAUCCAGGCUGGCUGAGUUUAAAUCAUCCCGUUCCCUCCCAGACAUCUGGUCGGACGGACUAUGGCUGAAGCCAAGCUAUCGGAGGAAAGCCUGCUUCAAGAAACGGGAGGAGCAGAAGCGGUCGUGAUUCCAGCCAACUUGGAAAAUACAAAGGUAAAAGAUAAAGAAAAACCCCUAAGUGAAUUGGGAAGGGCGAGCUGGGGAUGGGAAUGGCAGCGAAGCCCAGACAAGGCAGCACCUCCCCACCCCAGGAUGAGAGACGAGGCAGAAAGACUGAACGCUAUGAUAGAACAGUAUUUAAGAUGCUACGUCGACUACCAGCAGUCCAAUUGGGCAGACCUCCUAUCUUUUGCGGAGGUUGCAUAUAAUAAUGCUGUCCACAGCAGCACGGGGCUAACCCCGUUCAAAAUAGUGAGUGGCAUGGAUUUUGUUCCCAUGCCAGAAUACCCGAGGGAGCCCCCUUCCUCAGUCAGUUUGACCGACUGGAUGGCAAUGUUGAGACAAACUUGGGAAAAUGUUAAGAGGGCGCUGGCAAAGGCGGCUCAAUCUUAUAAGGACCAAGCAGACAAACACCGAACUCCCCAAAGACCAUUUCAGCUGGGAGAGAAAGUUUACCUCUCCACCAAGUACUUGAGACUUAGACUCCCGAGCAGGAAAUUGGGCCCAAAAUUUAUAGGACCAUUUCCUAUAAUAAAAAUAAUCAACCCCGUUACAGUGCAAUUGCAGUUGCCAUGGCUUUUGGGGAAAAUUCACCCCGUUUUUCACAGUAGCCUUCUAAAACCUGUAGUGGGGUCUACUUUAAGGCCAAUGCCACGUGAACCCCCUGGGCCCCUGGUUGUUGGGGGCCAAACGCACUACGAAGUGCAGCGGAUUCUUGAUUCAAGAUGGCACAGGGGGCGCCUUCAGUGCUUAAUUAAAUGGAAGGGUUACCCAUUGUCAGAGGCUUCCUGGGUGAAGAGCGCAAACAUCCAAGCUGAUCGCCUUAUAGCAAAAUUCCAUGCAGACCACCCGGGAAAGCCGGGAGGGGGGGGUGCACAGCCAGGGAGGGGCUGAUGAGACUAAUCUUGUUGUGUUUUCCCUAUGGGAUAGGUGAUGUCGCAGAGGGAAGGGAG